CAGGGCUCGGUGCAGUUGUGUUUAUGCCGGUGCCGUGUCUCUAGGUGCCAUUGUUCAUUGUGAGCGGCAGUCAGUUCUGGCACAGGAGGGGUUAAUGUUACCUUAGCAACUCCAUGUUGUCAGUACAAGUUGCAGCUACUGAAUAGUAUUUGUAUCUCAGCAGCCAAACUAGUGAAGUGCAGGGACAGCACCCAUGGCUGCAUUACAUACAAAGGGCCCUUCAGCCCCCCACCCCAAGGUGCUGCACCCAGUGUCCCGACUGGGCAGUCCCAAGGCUCUGUCUGUGUGCGGAACCUCUAAUGGGGUUAGAGGAGGGGACCCCCAUUCACUGAAAGUCCUUAACAGAAAGGAAAAUAUUCUGGACAAGAGCCUGGGGCCCAUCACAUCCCAACAGCUCAAUAACUGGGAGACGCUGGAUCACUGGGCGAAUCUCGGAAAAUCUGAAAAGAACAGUCGGGAGAGAGAAAGAAAGGAGGAAGAAGAAGGUGAAGUUUACCAUCCGGACGCUGCUCAGAUCCACCUACAGGCAGAAGAGUUGGAAUAUCAACUGUUUGACAAGUUAAACUCCGGGGGGUUCUACAGGCUCAAGUCUCUGUUCUGGAGCAGCGACCCCGAGGCCAGAGGGAGAGUGAAAAGGGAUGCCUUGCUGGUGAUACUGACCACCUUUAUGGGCCGAUAUAUCAGUGAGCGGCUCUUUCAGGAUCUCCUGCAGCGGUUACAUCUGGGGGAGCAGCGAGUAAUAACCUUUGACGGUUUCUACGAUCGGUUCAAGAAGGAAGAGAACAGGGACCCCCCGGAAUGGCUGGACCCCCACAGGAGGAAACACAAAGCGACAGUGAAGGCUGCGCAUCAUGUUCAUCUGGAGCUCAAGGACUUGGCAAAUAACAGGCACUUUGAGCUGGCACGCCAUUUCUCUAAAGACGCUUUGAACGCUUCCGAAUUCCGUGCGGUUCUGUCCAAACUGGGCCUGGAAAUGACAGAAAGGGAGUUCCCAAAGCUCUGGAACAGAUAUGUGGGAGAUGGAGCACAGACUCUAGGAAUGGAAGAACUGAUGAGCCGUUUGGGAGACCAAGACUUAAAGCUUCAGGAAAAGCAGCCGAGCCCUUUGCUAACGGCACUGGAGAAGGUUUCUGGCACCGAAAAGGCCCAACCGCCAAAAACAAGCAGAGCGGCUCUGUCCAACGCCGGGAAGGAAAGGAAAUUAUCUCUGAAUAUAGAGAAGUGGCUGAAGGAGAAGUUCCGGGAAGGAGCUCGGGCAAUGAUGGCUCAGUUCUUGCUCUAUGACCCACAAAAGACCGGCAAGGUGAACAAAGAAGAAUUUCUGGCUGUUUUGGAGAAGUUUCAGCUGCAACUUUCAAGUGACCAACUUGGCCAUUUCCUUGCCCGCUGUGGCCUGGACGAGGCACCGACCGACGUGAAUUACCUGCAGUUUCUCCAGACUGUCCAAUCCCGACACAGGAAUGGAACAGCCAAUCAGGCGGCGCUACACAGGGGCAGGAAGGCAAAUUCACUGAGAUCACAGGGGACAUUUGUGGCUUUAGAAGAGAAACUGGAGAAGAUUUUCCACUCGGAUUUCAAUGUUCUGCUCAGUUCCUUCCAGUGCGCCGAUUCCAAAAAGCAAAAGAGCAUCAGUCAGCGGGACUUUCGAGCCAUCCUGCAGGAGAGGUUCUCCAUACAAAUCACAGAUGAAGACUUUAAAUGUUUGUUGGAGAAAUUACCAGUCGAUCCGCACGGAGGGAUCAAAUACUUGGAUUUUAUGGAUACAUUUGAUUGCAGCAGCAGAAGCCUGAGCCUUUGUGACGAGGCCAAGACAGUGGUGACGGAAACCAGCAGGAAACCCAAAGCCACGAAACAGACGGGGGAUCACAAGGAGCGGAGCGUCGAGCAGUUAGCGGAGCUGAUAAAGCAGCAGGUCAGAACCAAUUACGGAUCCAUAGAGGCGGCAUUUAGUCAGAUGGACGGAAUGAACAGCAGGCGGCUGAGCGCAGAGGGAAUGUACCAACUACUGAAAAGUUGCGACAUCCGCCCCCAAAUCUCCAGGGAAGAAGCCGGAAAACUCUUGAAAACUCUGAUUCUCAAUCAGGAUCAAACGUUGGAUUUCUACCAAUUUAUCCGCCACUUUGGAUUCUCCAUCAAAUCCUCCUGCUUCCCCAACGCCAAAAUCUGCCCCCCGGUGGCGGGAGAUGGCGACUUUUGGAUUCGCUCCAGGAAACUGAAUUCCGACACCAAGAUCAUCGCCAACAUCCUCCAGUCAAAGGUGGAGUUUCUUCUUGAUGACGUUCGGGCUAAGUUCAAGGAACUGGACCCCCUUAGUACCGGAUGUGUCACUAGAGAAGAAUUUGUGGACUUUCUGCAAGAUCUCAACCCAGAUCUGACCCAGUACCAAUGUGAUACAUUUGCUGAUAAAUUCUCGACUGGGCAGAACAGGGUCUCCUAUGUACAAUUUCUCCAGCCGUAUCAAUCUGGAAGGUCGAGCUUUAAACAAAAUCAGAGCGAGGUUCCCAAACGGGAGGAAAAGGGCAAGUCGAAGGAUGAGACAGUUCAGCAAGGCCUCAUGUCACUCACAUCCGUGUUACGGCAAAAGCUCUCGUCCGUUCAUUGGAGGAACCUUCAUCAGGCCUGUCAGAAGCUGGACAGAAACGGGACUGGACUCCUGCACUUGCGAGACUUCCGGUCUGUGCUCAGACUGUGCAACAUUGUCCUGGAUGAAGAUGAGAUUUUCCGCAUUAUGUCUCACUAUGAUAAGGAUCUGGCUGGGAAACUGGACUAUAACCGGCUGCUGUCGGAUCACAAAAGGAGCAACUGACAAGGCUGAGAUUUAAGCGAAAUGAACCUCAGAGCAAAACAGAUGGGGGAACAGGGAGGUUAAAUAUACUGAGGUACCGACCCAUUCAAUGUUAGUUGUUUAUCUCUUAUUCAUUCCUCAUAAAGAUCGACCCAUCUUAUUCUCUAUUUCUGCCUUUAAUAAAAUGAAAACUGCUUAAUCUCA